UACACCAGACAGGGGCAUGGAGAAGGGAGUCAACCUCUGUUCUCACAGAUCAUAGAACAGUGACACAGCUGCUAACAAUCAUGAAAGACUGCAGCCUCCUCUCCACCUGCGUGUUCCUGCUUCUGCUGCUGGAGAUCACAGCGUCUUCUGGUGACACACGUGUUGUGAAUCCCUGUUGUCACUACCCAUGUCAAAACACGGGAGUGUGUGUUCGAAUCGGCACAGAAAGCUACAGCUGUGACUGCACUCGCACAGGCUUCUAUGGAGAAAACUGCAGCCUUCCGGAGCUGUGGACCAGAGUUCGUCUCAUGCUUAAGCCCAGUCCCAAGGCGGUUCACUUCAUCCUCACUCAUUUCCAGUGGUUUUGGGACGUCAUCAACAACAGCUUCCUGCAAGACACCUUCAUGAGAUUAGUGCUGACAGUCAGAAGUGACCUUAUUCCAAGCCCUCCGACCUACAAUAGUAAAUAUGGAUACCUGAGCUGGGAGUCCUACAACAACCUGUCCUACUACACCCGCCUCCUCCCUCCCGUUCCUGAAGACUGCCCUCUGCCAAUGGGGACUAAAGGCAAACCCGUUCUUCCUGACCCCAAAGAGUUGACUGAGAAAUUUUUCAAGAGAAGGCAAUUCAGGCCGGAUCCUCAGGGAACCAAUUUGAUGUUUGCCUUCAUGGCUCAACACUUCACGCACCAGUUCUUCAAGACGGAUCACAAAUUUGAAGCCGGAUUCACGAGGGCUUUAGGUCAUGGGGUGGAUGCAAGCAAUAUAUACGGAGAGGACCUUGAACGACAGCAUCAACUUCGGCUACAUGAAGAUGGAAAGCUGAAACAUCAGCUGAUCGACGGUGAGAUGUACCCCCCUACGGUCGCUGAGGUCCCUGUGCAUAUGGUCUACCCUGAAAGUUUCCCCAAUGAACAACGGCUGGCCAUUGGUCAGGAGGUGUUUGGCCUCCUCCCAGGUCUCACGAUGUACGCCACCAUGUGGCUCAGGGAGCACAACAGAGUCUGUGACAUCCUCAAGGUGGAACAUCCCACCUGGGACGAUGAGCAGCUCUACCAGACCACAAGACUCAUCAUCAUCGGUGAGAUCAUCAAGAUUAUAAUAGAAGAGUAUGUGCAGCACCUGAGUGGCUACCUACUGAAGCUGAAGUUCGACCCUUCCCUGCUCUUCAACGCGCGCUUUCAGUACAGUAAUCGCAUCGCUCUGGAGUUCUGCCAGCUCUACCACUGGCACCCGCUGAUGCCAGACAGCUUUCUCAUUGAUGGAGAUGAAAUCCCCUUCUCCCAGUUCUUAUACAACACCUCCAUCCUCUUGCAUUAUGGCGUGGAGAAGCUGGUUGAUGCUUUUUCUCGACAACCCGCGGGUCAGGUGUGCGGGGGUCACAACUCUCAUGCAGCGGUGCUCAGUGUGGCAGAAAAGGUCAUCAGAGAGUCCAGAGCCACACGUGUGCAGCCUUUCAAUGAAUACAGAAAGAGGUUCAACCUGAAGCCAUACACCUCCUUCUAUGAAUUCUCUGACGAUAAAGAAAUAGCUCAAGGUUUAGAGGAAGUCUAUGGGGAUAUAGAUGCUCUGGAGUUUUACCCCGGUAUCCUGCUGGAGAAAACUCGUCCUGACAGUAUAUUUGGUGAGAGCAUGGUGGAGAUGGGCGCUCCCUUCUCCCUGAAAGGUCUGCUGGGAAACCCCAUCUGCUCCCCUCACUACUGGAAGCCCAGCACCUUCGGCGGAGAGACGGGUUUCAAUAUCGUCAAAACUUCUACUUUGAAGAAGCUGGUAUGUCUCAACACCAAGUGGUGUCCAUACGUGGAUUUCCACGUCCCACGGAAUGAGGAAGAAAGAAAACCGAGGAAACCCUCAACUGAACUUUGAUGAAUAAUCACCCGCUGAUCUUCAUCAGUGUGUUGCUCCAACAACAGGGAAAAAAAGUCAUUUUAUUAACUUUUUUUUUUUAAAUAAAAUUCAAAGUUUUAAGAUAUGGUCAUUUAGUUGUUUUAAUGAUAUCCGCAGUAAUUGAAAUAUUGUACAUUAAAGCACGUCUACCUCCUAAAAAGUGCAGUCGACGAACCAUUUUGUCAGAUUAUUGACGUAAUAACUGAUUUCUGUCAAUAACGUUCCUCCACAACUUGAAUACUCAGUUUACAUCUGUUUAUACAUUUUCUUUGCAUUUUUUGUGACUUAAUGUGACUUUAUGUAUAGCAGUUAAUUAACUUUUCAAGGGAGAAACUACUGACAUUAAAAAAUUAAAAAAGAGAAAUAAAUCAAUGUAUUAUAAUUUGCCAAAAAUAAAAGUGGACAGUUUUAAAUGUGUAAUAUAUACAUGUGAUAAGCAAAACUACUCACAGAUUUCUCACUCUAAAUAAUUGAUGUAUCAUGUCAGGAUUUAUAAUUACCCUUGUGUCACGGUGAUCUGUAGCUGUCUUUUAAGUUUUCCUUCUUUCAUGUUUAGAAACUUCUUUAUGGUAUUUUAUCACAGGAUAAUCUUUUCUACAAUCUUUUCUACAAAAUUAAAUAAUCCAAGGUCAACACACUCUGACAGAACCCAAUUCACUUACUGCAAAAGCUUGAUAUUAACUAAAUGUUCAGUUUUUACAAAUUAAUUCACAUAUUUUGCCAGCUGCGUGUGUCAUGUUUUCUGUAGUAAUAAAAGUAGCUAAAACUGUACUUCAGUGCUUGGAAACGUGGUCUCGUUAUGGCAUAUUCCCAUAGUUAAAGUGGACAAAGAGACACACACACUGGACGAUUGGAUCAAUACAUGGGCUCAGCUGAUUCUUUCAUUCAGCUUAUUAUUUGAAAAGAAAAUCCCCUUCAGUUGAAGAUUUGCUGAUUCCAGUAGCGUGUACUGGACUGGAUGGUGGAGUCAAAGAUGUGCAGCAUGUAUCAGAGUGGAUAACAUUUUCAGAGCUUUUUUCUUCCUUUAACAUGAGUUGCCGGUUUCGUGUCGUUAGCAUGCUCGGCUGGUUGAAAGGUGUCUGCGUUCUCUUCCAACACAGCAAUGCUCACUUGACUUACUGAACAUACUCCCAACAAAUCAGAAUUCAUGACAAGUUGUGAAUCAAGUCACGAAGGAUUCAUUUUGAAUUUGGGUCUGACACUGAGACCACUGCAUUGUUUGAUUUUAUUUUAUUUUUAUUUGUCUAAAACAUGCA